GUGGGCGGAUGUUGGCGUGGCCGGUUCUGGCGUUUCUCGGUUUAUUUCUGGAGGCGGCCUGGGGGUGGGGGCAGCCGCGGUGGCAUGGGAACUAGGAGUGCUAUUGUUUUACGCUCCCGGAUCCCCUUUGCGGAGGUCGCUUAGCCCCGUGCCCUCCAGGUUUACCAGCUGCUGCGGUCCCCACCGGGGCGGGUGGUGUGAGGACAAGGCUCGACCCCGGCCUCCACGGGCUCGCAGCAGGUGGGCCGGUGCGCGGGGCGGACGGCACUGAGCGUGGCACCGCCAGCCGCCCGUGAUGGAGGCAGCGCGUUGACGUUAGGAUCCCGGAGGACUGAGAGCUGACCUGAGUGAAGCAUGCAUUGCGUUCACGGUUUCCUCCGCUAAUCUUCAUCCCCAUCCUACCGAGCGAGUGAGGGGAAACCCAGGAGCUUUCAGAAGAAGCCUUAUGCUCUCAGCCUGGUCUUACUUGGGAUUUGAAACUUAUCAGCUCCUUUCUCCAGCUGCUGUGGUUCAUGCCGCAGCCAAAGGCUUCCGAGUUGAAGAAAUCCUCCAACAAGCAGACUACCUCUACGAAAGCGGGGAGACAGAGAGACUCUACCAGUUGCUGACCCAGCACAAGGACAGUGACGAUGCCGAGUUGCUGUGGCGUCUGGCGCGGGCAUCCCGGGACCUGGCUCAGCUGAGCGGCACCUCAGCGGAGGAGAAAAAGGCCCUGGUGUACGAGGCGCUGGAGUACGCGAAGCGGGCGCUGGAGAAGAACGGAGCGAGCUUUGCGGCCCACAAGUGGUGUGCCAUCUGCAUUAGUGACGUCGGCGAUUACGAAGGCAUCAAGGCUAAAAUCGCAAAUGCCUACGUUAUCAAGGAGCAUUUUGAGAAAGCAAUUGAAUUGAACCCUAAAGAUGCGACUUCGAUUCACCUAAUGGGUAUUUGGUGCUACACGUUUGCUGAAAUGCCUUGGUAUCAGAGAAGAAUUGCCAACAUGCUGUUUGCAGCCCCUCCCAGCUCCACCUACGAGGAGGCCUUAGGCUACUUCCAAAAGGCAGAGCAAGUGGAUCCAAACUUCUACAGCAAAAACUUGCUUCUCUUAGGAAAGACAUACUUGAAGCUACAGAACAAAAAGCUCGCUGCGCUCUGGCUGCUGAAGGCCAAGGACUGUCCGGCCCGCACCGAGGAGGACAAGCAGAUACAGAGAGAAGCCGCACAGCUGCUCGCAGAGUUCAGUGGCAAGAACUGA